AUAGCCAGCAGGGCCUGGUCACUGCAUUGGAGCGCACAGCCCGAACGCACGAGCCACAUACUUUGUGCUCUUACAGUCGGAGGAGUAAGAAAGUAGUUUCUGUUUUAGCUUUGUGUAGGAAUUAGAAUGAACAAGCCCAAAAUUGUCAGACCAGAGGAGAGCCAGCCAGCACAUGUGGUGUGGUACGACAGAAAGAAAUACGUCACCCUCAACUUCAGGGUGCAAAAACCCAAAGAUGUCCAGGUCGAGUUCCAGCCAGACAAACUGGUCAUGUACUGCAAGAAUGACACAGAUGAUGUGUUCUACAAUGAGCUGUACUUCUACGACAAAAUCCAGAUCAAUGACUCCAGAGAAAGAGUCUAUGACCGCAACAUCCACGUCUUGCUGAGGAAGAUGAGGCCUGAUCAUGCAUGGCCGCGUCUCCAGAAGGAUGCUGCCAAAGCUAGUUGGAUUGCUGUUGACUUUGACAACUGGAGGGACUGGGAGAAUGAGGAAGAUGACGGAAAGGAAGAGUACGACAGAUACAUGGACAUUAUCCAGGACAUGGCUUCGAAUAAUAAAGGACAGACACCAGACAUGGGAGACCUUAGCGAUUUUGACACCUCCGUCGUUUCCUGCUGUGCCGCUGAGUUAAAGCAAGAAGUCAAUGGAAAGAAAGAAACUGUCAAGGGCUUCAACGUCAAGCUCCAAGACACCAUCUUGUUUCCUGAGGGAGGUGGACAACCGGACGACCACGGGCUGAUCGGAGAUGUCCCCGUUUUGAGGGUGACGAGACAGGGACCAGAUGCCGUACACUUUGUGACCUCCCCCCUGGAGGUGAGCCAGGAGGUGCACGUGAAGGUGGACUGGGAGAGGAGGUUUGACCACAUGCAGCAACACUCAGGUCAACAUGUGAUCACAGCCUUGGCAGAUUCAAUGUUUGGAUUCAAGACCACAUCCUGGGAACUGGGGCGUCAGAGAGGCACCAUUGAGCUAGACACUCCCUGUGUGAAGCCUGCGCAGCUCCAGGCUCUGGAGGAAGUUGUUAAUGAGAAGAUCAGAGCUCAUGUUCCUGUCACUGUUCAGCUGCUCUCUAUAGACGACCCCGGUGUGGAAAAGGCGAGGAGUCGCGGGCUGCCAGAGGACCAUGCCGGGCCGAUUCGGAUCAUCGAUAUCGAGGGAGUCGAUGCCAACAUGUGCUGUGGGACACACGUGUCCAACCUCAGUCACCUACAGGUUAUCAAGCUACUGGGAACUGAGAAAGGAAAGAAAAACAAAACCAACCUGAUCUUCCUGGUGGGAAACCGAGUUCUGAAGUACGCUGAGAAAAGCUACAGCACAGAGCGCUCGCUGGUUUCUCUCCUGAAGACCGGGCCUGAUGAACAUGUUGAGGCGGUCGACAAGUUGCAGAAAUCUGGAAAGCUGCUACAGAAAACGAACCUGUCACUGCUGCGAGACAUGGCCGUCCUCAUUGCUCAGAAUUUUAAAAACGACCCCCAGAGAGGAAACUUCUUCACCUUGCACAAGAAGGAGGGGGACAAUGAGUUCAUGAAUAUUAUUGCCAAUGAACUAACUACUGAGGAAACCUUGGUUUUCCUCUCUGUUGGAGAAGAAAAGGGACCUGGUUUGUUUCUACUGGCUGGACCCAGUGGACAGGUGGCCGAGAUGGGACCCCGGGUGUUGGAGAUGCUCCAAGGGAAGGGGGCAGGCAAGAACGGACGUUUCCAGGGCAAAGUCAACAGUCUGGCUCGGAGAGGAGAGGUGGAGGCUUUACUGCAGCAGAACUGCAAACAUCACACCUCAGAGGAAAAAUAAAGCCGACAAUACAGAAAUUAAAAACUGGACUUGAUGGUCCUAAAUAUUCAUAUUUUGUGAUAAACACGAAAGGAUGGGUAAGGGAUUAAUCAUCCAUGUGACUGAAGCCGGACUUUUUCCUGAAAUUAUCUAGAUAUUUUCUAUGCGAGAACGCAAAUGUCAGUCAAUUUGUUCUGGACAUUUUCCAGAAAGUCUCCUAGCAGCCCCACCUGGUAAAAUCCAUUUGGGAAUAUUUCUAAAUUGAUUUCAAGUGAGUGGGCGUGUUGUUUCCCAGUAGUGACUGACGUGAAACUAGAAGAAUACAAAUAUCUCAGGAUGAAAAAGAGGAGCCAUAUAUGUAGAAGACACCCACAAAGAAUUCAACUUGGAAAGAGGAGAUUUGAGAGCUUUUGGUGAUAUCGUCUCUAUGCUGUAAACACGUGAUUUUCCACUGCAGUAUUUUACGUCAUGCCUCUUGUGUACAUUUUCUUGGACUUUAGUACAACACGUGCUGUACAUAUCUGAACAUUUAAUGUAAUUUGCUUUCAAUAUUCAUUUGAAACCUCAUCCGUCCAAUUACAAGUCUAAUCACAGAAAAUACAAUUUGAGUUUUUUGUCCCCCACUCAGGUUAACUACUACAUGUUGGAGGUGAAUUUACUUUUAACUGCCUUGCUCAAGGGCAUCACAAACUGCAAUUUAAAAGAUAAUGUGAAAUCCUGCUCCUCACACUGCUGUUCGACACACGAAUGGACUUUCCCAUGGAUAAAUAAAUACAGACACCUGAUGAA